AUGUGGGCUUCAUGCCAUUGGUCCCAAGCUGCGCUCCAUCCCCCUCCUUUGAGAUUUUGUGACUUUCUUGACCGGUUUUUGCAGGUUGGUGAGGAUUAUCGGAAAGAACUAUUUGCAGUGAUAACUUGGUCUCUGUGGAAUAGAAGAAAUGCCAUUCACUUCGGUUGGCAAGCCCAUCCUUUAUCCCAAAUUUGCAUCGUAGCAAGCUCGUUGCUCCAGGAGUUCUUGGCGAUACAGGUGAUCAAGCCUCGACCAAUUCUACAGCAACAAUGGCGCCCACCUGACUGUGGCACACAUAAAAUCAACUUCGAUGCAGCAGUUUUUGGAGCGACAAACUCAGUAGGGAUAGGAGUCAUCGUUCGAGAUUGGCGUGGCGAGCCAGUCGGAGCCUUAUCCAUGGCGGUCUCGAUGGCGAAUUCGGUCUCAGACUUGGAGGUAGUGGCGUGUCGGCGUGCUGUCAACUUUGAAGCUGAACUUGGUCUUCAUGGUGUCACUUUUGAAGGAGACUCAGCGAUCGUUAUAAAUGUGGUUUCCCAGGGAAAUGUAGUGUUAGCAACUUACGAAAACAUCAUGGAGGAUAUUCGUUCUUUAUCUUCAUCUUUCCUGUCUUGGUUUUUUACUUAUGUUCACCGUAGUGGAAAUGUAGUGGCUGAUUUCUUAGCCAAAAAAGCUAGAUACUUAGAUGGCUGUCAGCUUUGGACCUCUACUAUGCCUGAGGACACAAUGGCUGUGGCUAGUUUUGAUGUUCUUUAG